UUGGGAGUUUGGCACUCGGCAGCAGAGUCCGAACCUUCCUCCCCAAACCUGCCCAAAGCGACAGGAAUAGAGGGCUGCGCGGCGACACCUCACUCUCUCGGCUCUCCCUGCGAAUCAGACACCAAUGGAAGCCUCGCCGGCGACGCGUCUCCCGGAGGCGGACGCGCUCCCCGACGGCUUCGUCGAGAGCUCCUCCGCCGACCAGGUCCCGCCUACCUCCUCCGCCCCCGCCCCCGCCGCCGCCGGUUCUCCUCAUCCCGCCCUCGGCCCCGAUCACGAGGCCGCCACCGUCGACAACGGCGGCGAAACCCUAGGCGCUCUCUCUUCCUCCUCCGCCGCCGCCGAUACCCUUCGGGGCCUCGAUCUGAACGUCGCCUGGGAGCCGGAGAGCGCUCCCGGGCAGCAGGGCCCCGCCGCAGACAUAGGAGAGGCUAAGGAUUCGAUGAAGGAGAGCUUUGUGGUAGAGCAAGCAGAACCUCUGGCGAUCCAAAAGGAGAGUGUUGAGCCAAAGCGUAAGGCUGUGAAGAAGGGCAGUAAGCUGGAGAAGGACAGGGAGCUGCUGGAACUUGCACAGAGGUACCAUAGAGUGGUGGCAGAGAGGGAUGCAGCUAUUGCAGUUAAAGAAAAAUUAGAAUCUCUUUGUAGGGAAUUUCAGCGUCAAAACAAAAUGUUAAAGGAAGAGUGCCAAAGGGUGUCAACACAGGGGCAGAACUUUCGGACGGACAUGUCUGACAAAUUUGAGAAUGCUAUGAAGGCUGUUGGUGUCAAGCUUGAGGAGCAGAAAAAUGAAUGCAUUGCUCAGUUCGAAGAGAACAAUUCCCUGAGAAAUAAACUCAAAGAACUUGCUGAUCAGUAUAAUAUCAUUCAGCAGAAAUAUGCUCAUCAGUUGAAAGAAAAGACGCUGGAACUUGAGCUUGCUGAUCUGAAAAUUAAACAGCAUCAAGCGAAGGCAGCACAAGAACAUGCCCAAAUGGUGUUGUACGCUGAGCAAGUUUCUCAACUUGUCAGUACUGAGAAGACCCUGCGGGUACAGCUAGCUGCCGAUGGCGAAAAAUUUCAGCAGUUUCAGGAUGCUCUAUCAAAAAGCAAUGAAACCUUUGAGACUUACAGGAGGGAGAUGGAACAGAUGGUGAAGGUAAUCAAAGAAUUUAGGAAGCAAAAUGCAGCCCUGAAGAGCAAAUGCGAGAACUCAGAUGUUGCUCUUGUGAAGCUCGUUGAGGAGCGUGAGGUGAUGAAGAAGCAACUGGACAAAUAUAAGAACCAAAAGGAGAAGCUCGAGUCCCUGUGCCGGUCACUGCAGGCAGAAAGGAAGCAAAGCCCCUCUCUCAACACUCCUGAUGCCACCACCUCUGACCAAGCGGAUCUUACAGCGAAUCAGGAGUCAGAGAUGUCUGAUGCCUGAAAAAUGGAUAAUAUGUGGCACUUUAACCCUGUGUUGUCAGUUUGCGGAAGUUUUUGACUUGUGUAUCACCCAUCCUAUCAUCCAUCCACCUAUCGACCUGAUGUCUGAAGCUUGAUAAAUGGAUAAUACGUGGCACUUUAACCUUU